CCGGGAUCACGUGACAGCUGCUUGGGUUGUUCUCCUUUGGAGAGGUGAGCGGCGGUUUCAGAACUUCCUGUCAGGCUCGGCGGCCCUGGAGGCGGAUCUGACCCGCACAGGUUCAUCAUCAUGGCCACGUUCUCUGUACCAAGGUUCAAUUCCAACUCCUUGGAAAACUCCUCAAGAAGGCCUUCUGACACCAACCAAGAAGACAACAGUGAAGUCCCACUACUACCUGGAGAAAGCCUUGUAACAGAUAAGGAAGUUAUUUACAGGUGUCCAUAUAAUGCUCCAGUUAAAGGAAGGCUGUAUGUCACAAACUAUAAACUGUACUUCAAAGGUGAGGAGACGGAUCAGUUAAUUGUGUUUGAAGUUCCUCUUGGAGUUAUCGCAAGAAUUGAAAAGAUGGGGAAUGCCUCCAGUAGAGGAGAAAACGCUUAUGGUCUUGAUAUAACCUGCAAAGACAUGAGAAACCUGCAUUUUGCUCUGAAACAGGAAAAACACAGCAGAAGACAGAUAUUUGAAGAGCUAACAAAACAUGCUUUUCCCCUCUCACACAGUUUGCAAUUCUUUGCCUUUGUAAGUGAAGAAAGAUUUCCGCAGAAUGGCUGGGAUGUCUAUGAUCCUGUUUCAGAGUUUCGGAGGCAGGGUUUACCAAACGAUAAUUGGAGAUUAAGCUUCAUUAAUAAAACCUAUGAGUUCUGUGACACCUACCCUCCUCUGUUAAUGGUGCCAUUUCAUGCUGCAGAUGACGAUCUCAGGAAAGUUGCCGCCUUCAGGUCCAGGAACAGGAUUCCGGUUUUGUCUUGGAUACACCCAGAAAAUCAGUCCGUCAUCACAAGGUGCAGCCAGCCAUUAGUGGGUAUGAGCGGCAAGCGGAAUAGAGAUGAUGAGAGGUACCUGGACAUAAUUAAAGAUGCCAAUAAUAAAAGCUCAAAACUGACAAUUUACGAUGCCAGGCCAAAUGUAAAUGCUGUGGCUAAUAAGGCAACAGGAGGGGGCUACGAGAGCGAGGAUGCAUAUCCAUUUGCAGAACUUGUUUUUCUGGAUAUCCAUAACAUUCACGUCAUGAGAGAGUCUCUGAAGAAACUGAAAGACAUAGUCUUCCCACAUGUAGAGGAGUCUCACUGGCUCUCCAGCCUGGAGUCUACGCACUGGUUAGAACACAUUAAGCUGGUCUUGACAGGAGCCAUUCAAGUAGCAGAUAAGGUGGCUUCUGGGAAAAGUUCUGUGGUUGUGCACUGCAGCGAUGGCUGGGAUCGGACGGCCCAGCUAACCUCUUUGGCCAUGCUGAUGCUGGACAGCUACUAUAGGAGCAUUGAAGGCUUUGAGGUGUUGGUACAAAAGGAGUGGAUAAGUUUCGGACAUAAGUUUGGAUCGAGAAUUGGACAUGGUGACAAGAAUCACGCCGAUGCGGACAGAUCCCCAAUCUUCGUUCAGUUCAUUGACUGUGUGUGGCAGAUGUCUAAGCAGUUUCCCACAGCGUUUGAGUUUAAUGAGCACUUUCUGAUCACUAUUCUGGAUCAUCUUUACAGCUGCCGGUUCGGCUCCUUCUUGUAUAACUGUGAGUCUGUAAGAGAAAAAGAGAAACUGAGAGAAAAGACACAGUCCCUGUGGUCCUGGAUAAACAGUGAAAAGUCAAAGUACAUAAAUCCCUUUUACACCAAGGAGCUGAAUCGAGUCUUGUACCCAGUUGCCAGCAUGCGUCACCUGGAGCUCUGGGUCAAUUACUAUAUUAGGUGGAAUACAAGAAUCAGACAGCAGCAACCAAACCCAGUGGAACAGCGAUACAUGGAGCUUCUGGCUUUACGAGAUGAUUAUAUAAAGAAACUUGAAGAACUUCAAAUCUCAAAUUCACCAAAAAUGAACAACUCCUCCACCUCUCCGCCGUCACCUUCUCGAAUCAUGCAAACCCCGUUUUGAACCAUAAGGGGAAAAAAAGCUCUUUAUAUGAAGUAUAGAUGAGGACUCUGCUCGUUUUUGAGGAGGCCAUUUUGAAUGAUGCCUUAAUUUGGAUGAAGUUUGAAUCUUCAUGGUUGAAUAAAAAUGUGCCUUUUUACGAUCCUGACAUAUUAUCCUUUUUAUAUGUUGCACUGGUAGGUAGGUCAUGUUAAAUAAUAUAUGUAGGAAACGUUCCCUGGCCGACUUCUCACCAUAUCACAUUGGACUUGUGAAUAUAUAUUAACCAGAGUAAAGGGUGCCGUCUCUUUUGCAAUUUUUCAGUUGUUAUUUUCUGUUACUUGUACUUUUUCUUGCAGCAGUCCAUGUUAUUGUGCAGUGUGCCCCAGGGCCAUAUCUCCUUGUGCUGGUCACACAGGGCACCAUGUGGGGUAUUUUUCAGUAUUCACCAGAGAUGACCAUUCUCCCUUUACUAUUUUUAUGUACCCUAGGUAGAUGGCAAGCAAGGUUUUCUUAUUAUGAAGGUUGUAUGUUCAGUGAAAUCCUUAAAAUCACGGCAGUUUUUUAUUAUUAUAGUGAUGCCAUCUGUUCUCUAAAGUACAUGUCCAUAAUUGCAAAGUAUGUAGUUCUGCCAGAUUUAUGCCAAAAAUGAAUCCCAUGUAGAUGAAAUUGAUUGUGUUGUGACUCCAUUCCCCUCUUUAAAGGGGUUGUGCCAUAAACAAAUUUUCACUCUAAAGUGUGUUUUCAUCAGUUACUCUAGCUCCCAUUCCUCCUUGGAUUUUUUUUAUUUAUUUCCCUCAUUUGCAGUUUUCUCUUUUUUUGUAUAUGUUCUAUAUAUAUGUUCAGUUUUCUCCCCAUGUUUGACUCCUACUUCCUGGUUUGUCAUGUGACAGCUGACCCGUCAGGCCUUAGGACAGAGAUGUGCCUGACAUCAGCAGAUCAUAUGACACCUCUUGUUCUUACCAAUGAGCCUUCCUACGUCCUAUUUUUUAAGACUCCGAUGCAGAAUGUAACCAACAGCGACUGAAAAUCGAAACUGAUUUGCCACAGGAUGCAAUGGUAGGCUAAUAACAUUUGAAAAAGGCUGUAGUAUUUCAAGAAAGUGAUAUAACAGCGAUCUGUUGGACUAGGUACAAUUACAUUAGUGGCACAACCCCUUUAAGGCUUGCGAACAGAUAAUCAGAUUGUAUCAACCAAGCUGCGAAUAGGUGAACUGAGCAUUUAGUGGGGUUCUGGUUUUGUAUGUGAUCAGUCCUUACUCUAUGGCAGCUUGUUUGUCUGCGUUAGGGCUCUUUCACACCUGCGUUAUGGUCUUCCGGCAUAGAGUUCCGUCGUUGGGGCUCUAUGCCGGAAGAAUCCUGAUCAGGAUUAUCCUAAUGCAUUCUGAAUGGAGUGA